AUGGCUUUCUCCAAUAAGGACAAAGGGAUGAAUUCAGGUGUCCUGAGUACACUUGGCUUGAAGCCCGAAGGCCCUCAUGAUGUCCAGGAGGGAGUGAUGGCUGAUAACGCGGAUAACCUUCAACGUCACCUUGGAAAUCGCCAAAUCCAGCUCAUUGCAAUUGGAGGCUCUAUUGGAACCGCUUUAUUCGUGAGCAUUGGCACCGGUCUUUAUCACGGUGGACCUGGCAGUUUAUUCCUUGCUUUCACUAUCCAAAGUAUAGUCUUGGCAAUGGUGAAUAACUGCAUUGCCGAGAUGAGUACUGCAUUUCCCGUCAGUGGUGGAUUCAUUCGCCUCGCAGGUAAAUGGGUAGAUGAAGCUCUUGGCUUUAUGGUCGGUUGGAACUUUUUCUUUUACGAGGCCCUGUUGAUUCCAUUUGAAAUUUCGGCAUUUACAUUGGUACUGUCAUUCUGGAGCCCCACCGUCACGGAACCUGGCCCAGUCGCUGGUAUUUGUGCUGGAAUUAUUUUGUGCUACGCGUUUCUUAACAUACUCGCCGUGAAAGCAUACGGCGAAGCUGAAUUCUGGCUAUCUAGUGGCAAAGUCGUGUUGAUAUUUUCGCUGUUCUUCUUCACGUUCGUCACCAUGGUUGGUGGGAACCCAAGUCACGAUGCAUACGAAUUUCGCCAUUGGAACAACCCAGGCUCAUUCAUGGAGUAUCUUGAUACUGGUGCCCUCGGUCGCUUUGAAGGGUUUUUAGGGUCCCUGUGGUCCGCUUGCUUUGCGGUCGUUGGCCCGGAGUAUAUCUCGAUGGUCGCAGCCGAGGCCAAGCGCCCACGAAUCUAUAUCAAAAGCGCUUUCAAGACAGUUUACAUCCGAUUUGGCAUCUUUUUCAUCGGAGGCGCACUGGCUGUGGGUAUCGUCUGCUCUGCCAGGGACCCGGCUUUGGUGGCAGUUGUUAACGGCGAUUCUUCUGGCUCCACUGCUGCGGCAUCCCCAUAUGUCAUUGGCAUGCGGAACAUGGGCAUUACGAUUUUCCCCUCAAUUGUGAACGCUCUUCUGUUGACUUCGAUCUUCUCCGCUGGCAAUACCUACACUUACUGUGCUAUCCGUACUCUGUACGGUCUCGCACUUGAAGGACGAGCUCCGAGAGUCCUCACGUACACUACGCGGCAGGGUGUACCGAUCUAUUGCUUCGCCAUUGUGAUGGUUUUCCCUCUUCUCUCUUUCCUACAGGUAUCGAAUAGUUCUUCUAUUGUCAUCACUUGGUUUGCAAAUCUCGUGACCGCUGGAGGUCUGAUCAACUACAUCACGAUUUCGUUGACCUACGUCUUUUUCCAUCGUGCUUGCAAGGCACAAGGUAUUGACCGCAGAACGUUUUCCUACUUCGGUCGGUUCCAACCCUAUUGCGCAUACAUUGCCUUUGUCUGGAUGAUUCUCGUCGCAAUUCUAUACGGCUACCCUUCAUAUAAGCCAUGGUCAUUGUCAACAUUCUGGUCGGAUUAUACGAUGCAAAUCGUCAUACCUCCUCUUUUUCUCAUCUGGAAAAUCAUCAAGCGCACAAAGCUGGUGAAGCCCCAUGAGGCUGACCUGGUCUGGGAGCGACCUCUUAUUGAUGCCUAUGAGGCAAGCUUCACCGAUCCCCCGGUUGGAUUUUGGAGGGAAAUAGGCCAGAUGGUCGGCGUUGGGCGGAUCGAGGGUGGGAAUGACAAACGGCGAGCUUCAAUGGCUGAUCACUCCUUUAAGAAUGAAGAAGGGGCCACAGCGUGA